CACAACAAAAGAAGUGUCAUGUCACUUACAACAAUUUUUUUAGCCACUUUAGUGGCUAUCGUGUUUUAUUUCGUAUACUCCCUGCGUAAGAGAUUUUCCUAUUGGCAGCAACGGGGUAUAGCCUGUGAGGAGCCGGAUUCAUUUUAUGGCAGCAUGAAGGGACUUAAUCAGACUCGCAGUUUUCGUGACAUAACCCAUGAGUAUUAUGAGAAAUUUAAGGGCUCAGGACCCUUUGCCGGAUUCUAUUGGGGCUAUCGACCAGCUGUGUUUGUAUUGGACCCAUCUUUAAUGAAAAAUAUUCUCAUUAAAGAUUUCAAUAAAUUCAGUGAUCGUGGAUUUUAUCACAAUGAAAAAGAUGACCCUUUGACCGGUCAACUAUUCCUCAUCGAUGGCGCAAAAUGGAAGGUAAUGCGGAAUAAGCUGUCACCCACUUUCACCUCAGGGAAAAUGAAAUUUAUGUUCCCCAUAAUUCGGGACAUUUGUGAACAGUUCAUUGAGGUAUUGGGCGGGAUGGCGCAGGAAAAUUCCGAAGUAGAAGUCAAGGACAUUUUGGCCCGUUUCACAACCGAUGUAAUAGGGUCAUGUGCCUUUGGCAUUGAUUGUUGCAGUUUGAAAAAUCCCAAUGCCGAAUUUCGGCUAAUGGGUAAGAAGGGGAUGAAUGAACAGCGUCACAGCCUGUUGGUAAUGGCUUUUAUGCAAAGUUUUCCCGAAGUGGCGGCCAAAUUGGGUCUGAAGUUAUUUACCCAAGAUGUCAUAGAUUUCUUUAUGCGGAUUGUUCGAGAGACUGUGGAAUAUCGUGAGCAGAAUAAUGUGAGGAGAAAUGAUUUCAUGGAUAUGCUGAUCGAUUUGAAAAAUAAGAAAUUAAUCCGCGCCGAACAUGGAGAAGAUUUGAAAAAUCUCACCUUGGAGGAGAUAACGGGACAGGCUUUUGUUUUCUUCAAUGCCGGGUUCGAUACCUCAUCGACGACCAUGUGUUUUGCUCUCUACGAAUUGGCAAGGCACCAAGAGAUCCAAGAAAAGGCUAGGCAGGAGGUCCGGAAGGUGUUUGAGAAACACAAUAAUGAGUUGCAAUAUGAGAGUAUGCGGGAGAUGAGCUAUUUGGAGCAAGUUAUAUCGGAAACUCUCCGCCUCUACACCGUGGCCCCACUACUCAAUCGAAAGGCCUUAGAGGACUAUGAGGUCCCUGGAAAUCCCAAAUAUGUUAUCAAGAAAGGCAUGCCUAUUCUAAUACCCAUCUCAGCCAUACACCAUGAUCCGGAAUAUUUUCCCAAUCCGGAGGAAUUUAAUCCAGAGAAUUUCUCCUCGCAAGCUAUUGCGGAACGCGACUCCAUCUUGUAUAUACCCUUUGGAGAGGGUCCCCGCAACUGUAUUGGCAUGCGUUUUGGUAAAAUGCAAGCCACCAUCGGAUUGGCAUAUCUUUUGAAAUAUUUCCGUUUUGAGAUUUGUGAGAGGACACAAAUUCCGCUGCAGUUUGAUAAGAAAAAUAUGUUGGUUACCCCGGAAAGGGGUGUUGUUUUGAAGGUUACAAAAAUAUAA